UCCGUCCCUCUGGGUUCCCAAUGUUCCACUGGUGCGCGAGAGACCAGUGAGGCGUCCGACUGCAUACCUCACCGAGGGGAUCUCCCAAAGACCUCGUCGCCGCUCUUCCGGCAUCAAUGCGCGUGGCGGUGAUCGGUGCGGGCAUCAGCGGGUUGGCGUCGGCCUACACGCUUGCCAAGGCCGGCGUCGACGUGGUACUCUACGAGAAAGAAGACUACUUGGGCGGGCACGCCAAGACCGUCACAUUCGAUGGCGUCGAUCUCGAUCUUGGUUUCAUGGUCUUCAACCGGGUAACUUACCCGAACAUGGUGGAGUUCUUCGAGACUCUGGGCGUCGACAUGGAGAUAUCCGACAUGUCGUUCUCCGUGAGCCUGGACGAAGGCAAAGGCUGCGAAUGGGGAAGCCGCAAUGGUCUCUCCAGCUUGUUUGCGCAGAAGACCAACGCGUUCAAUCCCUCCUUCUGGCGAAUGAUUCGUGAGAUCGUCAAGUUUAAGGGCGACGUUCUCAUGUACCUCGAGGAGCACGAGAACAAUCCUGAUAUGGAUCGAAGUGAGACCUUGGAGCAUUUCAUCAAGUCACAUGGAUAUUCUGAGCUAUUUAUGAGGGCUUAUCUUAUUCCAAUCUGUGCUUGUAUCUGGUCAUGCCCUUCCGAAGGAGUAUUGCAUUUCUCAGCUUAUUCUGUCCUUUCUUUUUGCCGUAACCAUCACCUUCUUCAG